AUGGGGAGUAUUGUGUUGCCUCAUCUGAGGACCGGCUGGCAUGUCGACCAGGCUAUCCUCUCAGAGGAGGAACGCCUUGUCGUCGUACGAUUCGGAAGGGCCCACGAUCCUACUUGCUUGGCGCAGGAUGAAGUCCUCUACAAGAUCGCUGAGGUCGUGCGCAACUUUGCAGUCAUCUAUCUUUGCGAUAUCGAUGAAGUCCCGGACUUCACAACCAUGUACGAGCUCUACGAUCCGAUGACCAUCAUGUUCUUCUUCCGCAACAAACACAUGAUGAUAGACUUGGGCACGGGAAACAACAACAAGCUCAACUUUUUGCUAGAAGAUAAGCAAGAGCUCGUGGACAUUAUCGAGACGAUAUACAAGGGUGCCAAAAAGGGUAGAGGUCUGGUCGUCAGUCCCAAGGACUACAGUACCCGGUACAGAUACUGA